AUGAAGUUUAAUAUUGCAAAUCCCACUACUGGUUGCCAGAAAAAGCUCGAAAUUAACGAUGACCAGAAAUUGCGGGCAUUUUUCGACAAGAGGAUCUCACAGGAGGUCCUUGGAGAUGCCUUGGGCGAGAUAUUUUCAGGGCCAGUUUUCUCGUUGUUGAUUGCCUGUGCCAAAGUGUACUUAUAUGAUGUUUUUGAAAAUUUUCUGACAGGGACACCAUGCUUCCGAGGGUAUGGAAGGCGUACUGGGGAGCGACGGAGGAAGUCUGUCCGUGGGUGCAUUGUCAGCCAAGAUCUUUCAGUUCUCAAUUUGGUUAUUGUGAAAAAGGAUGAGAAUGAUCUUCCUGGAUUGACUGACACUGAGAAACCCAGAAUGAGAGGUCCAAAGAGGGCAUCCAAGAUCCGGAAACUCUUCAACCUUUCCAAGGAGGAUGAUGUGCGGAAGUAUGUCAACACAUAUCGCCGAACAUUCACAACAAAAGCUGGAAAGAAGGUCAGUAAAGCUCCCAAGAUACAGAGAUUAGUGACUCCAUUGACUCUGCAGAGGAAGCGUGCAAGAAUUGCAGAGAAGAAGAGGAGGAUUUCAAAGGCCAAGUCAGAGGCAGCCGAGUACCAGAAGCUUCUUGCAUCCAGAUUGAAGGAGCAGCGAGAACGCCGUAGUGAAAGUUUGGCAAAGAAGAGAUCCCGGCUUUCGGCUGCUUCUAAGCCUUCAAUUGUGGCUUAGAUAAUGCUCUCCAAAUUUUGACUGCUAUUUUUUCAGGUAUUGUGAAUUUUUUUGGUUCUGGUGUGUUGGAACUAAAAAAGAAUCAUUUUGGAUUCUUCGACUUGAGCUUAGUUUUGUUUCGAAUCUAGAACCUUUUCUGAAUAGUAGAUUUAUUUUUGCAAUAA